UCCAGGUAACAGGUGCAGCUGGUGCUGCUGGAGGAGGAGGAGGAGGAGGAGAUAACUGCCAAAAGUAAAGCAAUCAACAGAGGACCACUUCCUCCUAUUCCACCACCAAGAAGGCCCACGCCCACAUCAUCACCGCAACCUUCUCCACAUAGUUCACCUCAACUUCCAAGGCGAAAUAUUGCAGAAGCGGCAACGAAUCCAAUGCCCCAGUUGCCACCAAGAAAUAUUAUGGAUAACUUAGACUCUCUUGAUGCUGUGACAGGUGCUAGAAAUCAACAAGCAGAGGAACCAUCAAGUAGCGAUGUAACAGAAAAUACUUCCAGAAGUAAUGGACAAACACCCCAGUCACAUUACAAGAACUCUCCCUAUGACAAACUGUCAGAUGCAACCACAGCUCUCAAGUUGCAAUCCAACGCUCACAGCGUUCCUGUAGAAUAUGAUGUAUCACCUGCAUUGCGGCCACAGUUGUCACCUCCUACAAUUAUAUUACCAGAUACUGACUAUGAUACACCACCAGCACCAAGGCUAGCUUUGUCACAAGAGAACCAUGAUCCUAAUACAGAAAUUCAAGCAGUGACUGAUGACCCAAUGUAUUCUGUGCCACAUAAAUCCAAAAAGAAAGCUUGUGAGCCUACAGUGACAGAGCAUUCUACAGAGUGUAGUGGUAACGCUGCUGAAGCACUCACUGCAAUAGAGACAUUACUCAAUGAAGGAUACUCAAGGGAUGCUGUCAUCAGAGCCUUAGGAAUAGCUCAAAAUAAUAUCACCAUGGCUAGAAAUAUUUUACGUGAAUUUGCACCAUCUCAUAUUCGCUAA